AUGGAACAUGUUCUUCGUCUGCGAAGUUACAUGUCGAAUCUCAGCAUUGAUAAUCUUCUUGUUGUUCAACGUCGCGUCGGCCGAGAAAAUUCGGGCGAUCUUCAUGUUCGGAGUUUCGAUAGUCGCCGUCGAAAACAACAAUUACAUCAAGACGUUAGCGAAAGCAUGGUGGGUCUAAAUGUCUCUGAGUCUUGGCCUCUAGGCGGUGUUGCAGGGAUAGCUCAGUGCAGGAGGUUUGAGAAGGAUAAUUUCGGUGGUGGUUUGACUGGUGGUGCCGGACGAGGGCUCGGUGUUCCUCGUGGUGGUUGUUUUGGUCAUGGAGGAUUUCCUUUUUUUGGUGGUGGUGGAUUUUUGUGUGGUGAACCCGGUGGUGGCGCUGGAAGAGGUCUUGGUGGCGGUUUUGGAGUAAGUUUCGGUGGCGCCCAUGGCGAUAAUUUGGGAGGCGAAGCAGUUGUUGGUGGAGGAAUUGGGGGAGGAUUCUAA